GUCCUCCCGUGCGCGGCAGCGCUCGCCGCCUUCCUCGCGACGCUGCUCCUCGCCUCCGCCGCCGCCUUCUGGCUCGGCGCGCAGCCCGCGACGGAAGCGCUCCUCCGCUCCCUCCUCGCGCCCUCCGCCGCUCCCUCCGCGCCGAUCAGUGCCGACGGCGGCGCACCUUCCGCGCGGAUCAGCGCGGAAGACGAGCCUGGCAAUGGCGAGUCAGUUGCUGGCGAGCGUAUCAAUGGCCAGUCUUCUGAGGGCGAGUCAGUUGCUGGCGGAGGCACGCGGGGGACUGAAGCUGCAGCAGCGUCCUCGUUUGGGAGUGAUUCUUUUCUGCUAGAGGAGAGCGCGUCCGAGCCUCGCAUUCUGGAGUUUGAUCUGAUCAAGACGUACCCGCACGACAGGAGGGCAUUCACCCAG